ACGAUUGACUUUGGGUACAAAUUAUAUCUAACGAGAAUAGAAUUCGCGCUGCAUUAAGUGGACUUGUACUUGGGGAACAUUGUUUCGUAACUGAGAAUUUAAAAAUCGAGUGUGAUUUAUUAGACAACACCUAUGAUUUUUAUGAUGGAAAUAUAGUUUCGUAUCUAAGACAUUUAAAAUCGUUUGUGAUUUUUUAAUCAACACCUAUGAUGUUUAUGACGGAAAUAUAGUUUUGUAUCCGAGACUAUUAAAAUCGUGUGUGAUUAAUUAAACAAAACCUAUAAUUAGUAUGGCGGAUAAUGUUUAUUAUUUUGAAACGCGUAAUGUGAGCACAUGUUUUAAAAAAUACUCUCGCGGAAUAUUAUGUUAAAUGUGAAAUAGUAGAAUACCAAGGACAUAAUUAACCGCUCAAUCGUGUAUUUCAUAAUUGGCAGAACAUUAUCUAGCAUGUAUGUGAAAUGGUACUAUAGUAUUAUUGGCUACGUUUAAAUGAAGUAAUGAAGAAUUUAAAUCUUACAUACUAAAAACGAACCUUUUAUUUUGGAUCUAUUCUGUUUCGUUCAAAUGGUUCAAAGUAAUAGUUUCAUGGAAGAGAUAGACUGUGUGUUAACAUUUUAACAUGUACGGCAGAUCUGGGCAUUUCAAACAUUGUAUUUUAACACUUUUCUACGAGGACAACAAUUGGCAGAUUCGAAAUAAGGAAUUAAAUACCUCCACACUACAAGGUGAUAGCAUUAAGAAAAUUGGAUGUUGAGUCCUGCAAUAAGUCGUGUGGGUUAAUACAAAAAAAUGAGGAAUAUGACAUGUAUUCGGUUUAACCUUGUGAUAAUUUUUCUUAUACUGUCGGCGUCGGUGAUAUCGUGUCAUGGUGCCCGGCAUAGGACUCGCACGCACCGCUCCGGCGGAAAUUUGUUCGCCGACGAAGACGCCGGUGAGAAUUACCGAUAUCGAAGAAGUCCGUUCAGUGCCGACGAGGCCGACGGGGAUGCGGACGAGUACGAUCCGGAUGAGAUUAUUAAUAUCAGUACUAAUAAAGAGGGUAUAAGUGAAGGGAGGCGAACGCGAAUCGAUCCGAAGUCCAGUUGGCUCACGUUUUCAAACCGUCUUGAGCGGCGCAACGAGGAGCACCGGAAGAAGAAGCGGAAACGCAAAAGCAGCAAUAAACUGUUGGGCCCACCUGGACCCGUAGGGCCACCUGGGCCUCCCGGACCCCCGGGGACGAGCGUGUCAAAGGAAGAGAUACUCAAAGCCGUAGAGGACCUGAUUAAAGAAGCGGCUGAAAAGCGGGCUAAAGAAAUGGUAGCGGAGAUGCGAGACCUGCUGUGCAAUUGGACCUUGCCCCUUCAGCAGGACAUGCCCGGGGGUCAGGUUCCCUGGGGCGUGGUUCACGGUCCGAGGGUAUACGCAGGCUUCUCAUUGCGGCUGAAAACUAACACCCGGGUCAAUCGGAAAACUAUGAUGGAGUUACAUGCAUUUCAACAGCCUUUUGGCGAAGGUUCCUUUCAAAGAGGUGACGUAUUUAACGCUCGGGAAGGGCGUUUCCACGUGCCGCGAGAUGGCGUGUACCAGUUUUCAGCCAGUCUCCAUUUGCAAAUGCGUACAAAAGGAAAGGUCAAGGCGCGAUUAAAAGAUGAUGAACAUAUCAAAGUCGUUAUCUGCAUAAAUAGUCUUUGCCAAACUAACACGUCCAUCGAGACGUUGACGGGUGUGCUUGUGAACAGUACCGUAUUUACCUCCAGCGUCCACGGGCUCCUAUUUUUAAAAGAAAAGCAGUAUACCUCGGUUUAUAUAGACAAUUCGUCCAACUACAGCUUCGUCGUCCGACAGGGCUCGGAAUUUUCCGGUGUAUUUAUGGGUACAUAAACGAGUAACGUGACAAGCCAUCUAUGACAUCUCGUGAUUUGUCAACAAUUUAUCACGUGACCGGGUGACAUCGGCUUCAAGUGAUCAUUUAGACCACGAAUUAACGUACCAGUUAUUCAAUGCAUUAGACGAUAAAUAAUCGUGUUUACUACGUCUCGUGAUGAGAAAUAUAACACACAGAUUUUUCACUAUGUUCACUUAUAUCCAUCAUUCGGAUGUUGUAAAUAUGCAUUGCUUGUUUAUAAAAACGCUGCAUUGGUACUGCUUAUGUGUCUGAUGUUUAAUUGGUUUUGUAAAAUCGAAUAUGUGAUGAAUGUGUAUUUGAACAAACUUUCAAUUCAUAGAAAGUGCUGGUUUUGUUGUGACCAAGGACUUGUGGUCUGAACAAUCCGUGUGUAAAUGUAACACGGCCAAACUGUAUAAAGUUCUUUCACAAACUACGUUUAGAACGCUGAAUAGACAUGUUGAUAUUUUGAAAAACGUGUUUAUACCGUGUGUUAUGUAUAUUUGAGACAAUGCUUGCUCUGGUAGAAAUAACAACUAUCAAUAGACUUGAAAGCAUAACGUUGAUACAUAUUGUUUCUUGCGUGUUACUGAUCAGCUAGAAACAGUUUUUGUCUCGUCAAAAAGUUUGGGACGAGUGUUACUCUCGACAUAAUAAUAACUGCAAUACUAAUCACAAAUUCGAACACAUUGUUUUUGGUUUGCCUUUAAAACGUCUUAAAUUUGUUUUGUAGAUUAUGUUUAUGAUGUUAAUAAAAAGUCCAAUGUUAAGAUGAUAACAUUAGAAUAA